AGGAUGCGGGGCCGGAAGCUGAGUGAGGGGCGGCGCGGACCUCUGUGGGCGGGUGGCUGUUGUUGGGGCCGUCGAGGCGGCGGCGACUCUGCGUCCCCGGCUCCGGAUGGAGGCGGGGCCGCAUCCCCGGCUGGGGCACUGCUGCAAGCCUGGGGGGCGGCUGGACAUGAACCACGGCUUCGUGCACCAUAUCCGACGGAACCAGAUCGCUCGGGACGACUAUGACAAGAAGGUGAAGCAGGCGGCCAAGGAGAAGGUGAGGAGGCGGCACACGCCCGCGCCGACACGGCCCCGCAAGCCAGACCUGCAGGUGUACCUGCCGCGACACCGAGAUGUCUCUGCCCACCCACGCAACCCAGACUAUGAAGAGUCCGGUGAAAGCAGCAGUAGUGGAGGCUCUGACCUGGAGCCUUCUGGCCAUCAGCUCUUCUGCUUAGAAUACGAGGCAGACAGUGGAGAGGUCACAUCAGUUAUCGUCUAUCAGGGCGAUGACCCAGGAAAGGUGAGUGAGGAGGUGUCGGCACACACGCCUCUGGAUCCACCCAUGCGAGAAGCCCUCAAGUUGCGUAUCCAGGAGGAGAUUGCAAAGCGCCAGAGCCGACACUGACCAUGUUGAAGGCGUUCUCUCCAGGCUGGAUUCACUGCACUCGGAAGAAUUCUGCCCAGGGAAUUUAGCGUGGGGGUACCAGGACCAGUUUGUCUGAUCUUGAGACCCCCCAGAGCUGCUGCAUCCAUAGGGUGUUGCAGGACUACACCUGGCCCGGCUUGCAGUCAUUCUUUCUUAUAUGUUGACCCAUUUGCCCAGCCUGAUAUUCUGGAAUUUUUUUUUUUUUUUUUUUUUUUUUUUGGAGAAUUUUGUGUGGCUAAUGUGUUCUAGAAGCAGAGACUCCAGGGAGAACCAGAAUUUAUGAAGCCUCGUGCCAAUAUGGUGCUUUCUCACCGAGGUCAUAUGCCUGGCUGCUGCUGUUCCACUCAGCUCCAUGAGCCAUGUUUGUUAUUUUAUGUUUCUUCUGUGCUUUUGCUCAUUUCCACCCAUGUAUUCAUAGACCUUUUUUCAGCCCUUUUUCUUUGUUCCUUUCCUUCAUCUUUUUGCCUCAGGUAGAAUCCAUCAGUUCUCCUCCCUCUCCAACAUGACUGUGUACCUCCAGCUGCUCAGGACUUUGGAGGUGGGAGCGGGGCCUGGGGAUCUACCCUUCUAAAAAACUCUCCAAGUAAUUCUGAUACCAAUAAAGUGGGAGACCUCCAUUUUUGAGGCCUAUUUGCAAGCA